UAAAACCAGCCACUAGCCAGAGCUGACGGUCGCGAUUUUCGUUGCUCCGCCGUGCUGUGAAUUUCAAGUCGGAAAAUCUCGCCCAAAAGUGUCACUUUCGCGACCAGGUGUAUCGAAAAGUUGUUCCGGUGUGUACGGUUUCGCACUUUCGCUAGAAAUAGCGUCGUUUCGCGCUCGGUAGUGACGGAAAAAUUGAACCGAAAAGUGUGCCCUUUGUUUGGUCGGUCCCAGUCUCAGACGACGACCAUUGAAAACCAUUAUAUCCCGAAGUAGUCGUAUAGCCGUUGUUGGGAAGAAUAAGCACAGGAAAGGAAGAAGCAGAAAGUCGCUCACCACAUCACCUUAAUUUUUUUUCUGUUCCACCGUUCGUUCGUCGUCGGUCGUUGGUCGUCGUAGUGUGUUAUGCUUAUGCUGUUGUAAGCCGUGUUCUCCCUGGUACGUAGGAAGCAGCAGCAUCAACAAGAGUGCCGCCGUGUGUAUUCGUUGAGAAGCAUUCUCGCGAGAUCCCGUUUUAUGCUGCUUCAUGUGUUGGUGUGAUCCGCGGUCGGUCGGUCAGUCAGUCGGUGAGAGCGCAUCAAGCGAAAGCAUCGGCAGCAGGAGUGUUUAUGCGUUUGUGUACCAUCAUCAUCAUCAGCAUCAUCACGUUCUUCACAACAUAGUUGUGUAUCUUUCGAAAGCGUGAGCAAGUGUUGCCAACGAGCGUUUGAUACACAGGGAAUAUUAGCAAUGAUCUAAAUGGUGGCCGUUGUCGGUUCCACGAAUAUUUACACACGGUGAAUGGUUUGCUGGUAUGGCAGAAGGUGCACUGUAGAUGAGGAGAAAAGAAUAUUUGAAGAAUUAAGUGGAUAGUUUUGAUGGUCCAGUACGUUCGGGAUAUUUGAGUGGUACCGAAAAAAAGAUCUUUGGCCGCCUCGCACCAGUCACUCUGGUGGUGCUGGACCCCACUGUGCAAUAGGAUAUAGAGAAAAGCCAGCACAAAAGCAAGAAAGCAAGCAAAAAAAAAGUGAGUGAGAUUCCCGUUAGGUUGGUUGGUGCCAUCGAAGAGCGCGCGGCCACACCGUCGGUCGUCAUCCAGCAAAGCUGCCGUGUGCCGUGUUGUCGGCUCGAGCGAGUGUCGGGUUUGCCCUUUGGCUGCCAUUCUGCGCGAGCUGUGAGUGAGUGGUGGGGCCUCGAAAAGACCGUCGACACGGGACCGAGAACUGAAACCACUACCACAACUAAGGCAGCGGGACCCGUUUGGGAUUCGUUUUUUGCUGCCUUCUACACAGGCCAGCGACAGAGUGCACAGUGCAUAGGCACGAGAGUGAGUCAGUGUUGUGAGUGAACAGCAGCAUAGAAGAGAGAAAGAGCAUAAAAGUGAUGGAUUAACACAUAAAAGGUGCUAAAAAAUUCUCGGAAAACUUGGAACGGCGGGUUUUCCUAACUCUCACGGCGAAAGAGAAAAUGGUCCCACCGUCGUCGACGUCGUGUCAACAUAGUCAAAAACCUCGAGACCAAAGUGAAAUUAGCGUCGUUUAGCGUCGGUCGGUGAGCGUAAAAAAAUAAUAAAGAAGAAGAAUUAUUAUACCCGAAAGCCACAAGGCUGCGAAGGAACAGCAGGAAGCAGAACACAUAGUAGAAGACGGAUGAUGAAUUGUUGAAGGUGUGAAAGGAUGUUGAAUUUCCCUCGAGGCUAGGCAGCGGCGCAGGGAUCCACCGAAGGAAUCAGUGUGUUGUUGAUCUGCUGGUUGGCUGGCUCGGUCGGUACCUGGGACACAAAGGUGUCCCCCAGUGUUCGAAAUGGAUGGCCAGUUUGGCUGGCAAGUUUGUGUGUGAAUGUGACACUCACGACACCUAUGAUGAUUGUGAGUGAAGAGUAGCUACAGUGAAUGAAACAGCGAAACGCGGCAGAAAGGCAAGAGAAAAUGAUAGUACUACUCGCGUUACCUAUACUAAUAUAUAUGCAGAUGUGAAUUAACCUCAAGAAGAAAGUUGAUUUCUGUUGUUGUGCCGAGCUUGUUGUCGUCGUGUGUUAUAGAGCGCGUGCAUACAACAUUGUGUCGAGAUUGGAUUGCUAGCUAGCAGGGUCCCCCCCAUUGGGUAACUCGGGAGGAAAUUUUCGAGUGCUACUAGCUACAUUGUCGAGUGGCGACGAGCAUAAAACACCCCUCAGCACAGCGAAAGCUAGAACAGACGCGUGCGUUGCUGGUGAAAUUAUGUAAUCCUUCGGCACGGAUUCUGAUUCCGUGAUUGAUGAGCGCUGCCCUGGUGCUGGUAUACUACUAAUGUUGCUCCGUCGGCUAAAACGGCACCAAUAGCAGCAGCAAUCGACAGUAGCAACGCGAGAUGGAGAUUCAACGAUCGAAGCAGAUAAUUCGCAAUCACCGGAACAGUAUGCAGAGGCUCCAUUCCACCAGCAAUUGGAUUAGCAGCAGCAGCAGCAGCACUGAGUGUGAAUGAUAUGCACCAGCAAUCGUUAAAAACCAUCAGCAGAAAACGAAGACGAAGAAGAAGAAGAAGAAGUUAGCAAUGAGGUCCUUUCGAUCAGGCACCAUGGCCGAUAGCAACGGUGGCAGUAGUAGUGGUAGACGAAGGAGGGGGUUCCGGGCACCGGAGGCCAGCUGUUCCAACUGGAGGAGCGUUUGGAGCAGUGUGGCGUUAUUGCUCAUGACGCUCCCGACGCUCAAUUUUGCCAUAGCGCCCAAAUACGAGACGGCGUACGCAUGCGAGGGUAAGACCCUGAUGAUCGAGUGCGAAAAUGGCGAUUUGAUCAAUUUGAUUCGCGCCAACUAUGGGCGAUUUUCGAUAACGAUUUGCAACGACCACGGGAACGUGGACUGGAGCGUGAAUUGUAUGUCGCCGAAGAGUUUGCGGGUACUGCACUCGAAGUGUGCCCAGAAGCAGAACUGCUCGGUGCUGGCGUCGACCAACAUGUUUGGGGACCCAUGUCAGGGUACGCACAAGUAUUUGGAAGCGCACUAUCAGUGCGUUUCGGCUGCACAGUCAUCCACGACGACCAACAGGCCGAGUCCACCGUGGCUGAAGACAUCGCAGCCGAUCGUGUGGAGCACCUCGACGGUUCGGAAUCCGGUGCUGAGCAAGUUGAACUUUUCCGAUCCGCUGGCGGGAUUCGGUGUGACGUCGGCGACGAGCAGCAGUAUCGGAAUGACGGUCGGCAAGGUGAAACCGACGACGCCGUACAAGCAGCAGACACUGAUGGUGAACCAACAGUCGCCGCCCUCGUUCGGAUACAAAGGCUUCGAGAAUAAGAGUGUGAAUGAUGAUUUGGCAAUUAUUAAGACGAUUAGUGGUGGUGACGCGGGGAAGCGACCGAAGAGUGAGGAUAAAAGUGGCGCUGGUGCCCCGGAGGAUGAUGAAGACUUUGGUGACGAUGAAGACUAUUUUCCGACGCAAACGGCAGUAUUAUCCAACGCUAAUAGAGAUAGGGAUAGGAGCAGCAGUGAUGGUAGCAAGAGCUACGACGAAAGCAAUGUUUCAAUGGGUGGAAACCUUCCUAGCAGUAAGAAGAAUGAUGAUAAUCACAGCAGCAGUAGUAGUGGUAGUAAUAGUAAUAGCAUAAGUGGAAAUAGCAACAGCAGCAUCGGUAACAGUGCUGUGAACAACAAUGUGCUUGAUGUGAGUCACGCGUGUGGUCCAACGACGGCGAGAAAUCUGUUCUGGAAUGUGACACGUGUCGGGGAGUCGAACGUGCAGCCUUGUCCGGGUGGGGCCACCGGUAUUGCCAAGUGGCGAUGCGUAGCAAUAGGAUCGCUGACGCCCGAGCAGCGAAUGCAUUUGCAGCAACAAUCAUUACUAGAUGAUAAUAACAAAAGUGAUAUUAGUUUUAAUAGUAACCUUAGUAGCGGUAGUAGGAACGGAGUGGCGGCAGCUAGUGGUGGCGGUGCGAUGGCCACGUGGUACUCAUAUCAGCCGGAUCUGACGCAGUGUCGAUCACUGUGGCUCAACAAUCUGGAAAUCCGGGUCAAUCAGCAGGACUCGUCGCUGAUUUCGAUAGCAAACGACCUGUCGCAGGUGACGAGCAGCAAGACGCUGUACGGAGGGGACAUGCUAGUCGCUACGAAAAUUAUGCAAACCAUGUCGCAAAAGAUGCAUUUCGAUAUCGAAACCCUGCCCGACCAGCGACAGCGGGAAGCGUUGGUGUAUGAAUUGUUGAAUAGUGUAGUAAAAACUGGAAGCAAUCUGUUGGACCAAUCCCAACAUGCCAGCUGGCUGGAUUUGAGUGUGGAGGAUCAGAUGCGGGUAGCGACGUCGCUGUUGACCGGGUUGGAGGAUAACGCGUUCCUACUGGCCGAUACCAUCCUUCGGGAGAGGCACGUGGUUCAGAAGGUGAAAAACAUCCUGCUCUCGAUACGGGUCCUGGAGACUAGGAAUUUUGUCAAAAACGAAGUGUUUCCCGACUCGAGCCAAGAACGGUGGCAGGUUAGCAACGAUCAAAUCGAACUGCCCAAAGCAGCGCUGAUCGAAAACAGUGAAGGCGGUCUGGUGAGGAUAGUGUUCGUUGCAUUCGAUCGGUUGGAGCAAAUCCUAAGGCCUCAAUUCACCAACAUCCAACAACCACGUGUCGAUCAGAACAAACUAGAACAGGACGACUCUAGCUCAAAUAACAAUGAUGUGUCUGCGACGACGCCUCGGCAGCGAUUGCUCAACAGUAAGGUGAUAUCCGCUAGCCUGGGCAAAGGACGCCACAUACAGCUGUCACAGCCCAUUCGUAUGAUCCUGAAGCAUCUCAGAACGAAAAACGUUUCCAAUCCGACGUGUGUGUUUUGGAACUACAUUGACCACGCAUGGUCCGAAGAUGGUUGCUACGUGGAAUACACCAAUGCCACCCAUACCGUUUGUAUGUGCAACCAUCUGACCAACUUUGCCCUCCUAAUAGACGCCAUAGACGAAACGCAGCUCUCGCUUCUCUCCAUCAUCGACGACGAUAUCAAAAUCCUCAUCUACAUCAGCAUAGCCAUCUGUAUCGUGAUAGUGAUAAUCGCGCUCUUUGCGCUGAAACUCUUCAACGGAGUGUUUUCCAAGGUUCGCCGACGAAACCACCAGAUGGCCAACAACGCAGCAGCGGAUUUGCAUUUGCCGAAUCACCUGCAGCAUCACGGUCUGAUCGGUGCCGGUGCUGAUCUGGACGUGAACAUCCAUCCGCAUCAGCAUCCGUACAACAGCUCGGCGGCCGGAAUGAUGCCGGGCGAUGGUGGGCACAUAAUGCGUGCCGGCACUGGCCACAAUCAUCACAACAAUAAUAACCUGGUUACGACUACGUUCAACAACCUCGGUCCGGUCGCCGGAGGUCCCGGGCUAGGGGGUUACGAAACGGCACCCCACCAUCGGCUUGCCGCGCAGGAGCGUAUCAAUAACAAUCAAAUCAGCAGCCGCAGCAAGCUACUGUUACUACCUUACAAACCACAUCAUCAACAUCUAUAAUCGCAACCGCCGGUGG